AUAUUCCAAGCUCUUUCUCUGACUAUAUAAUCCAUAACAAUGGUUCAAGGUACUUUCAAGCGUCAAGUUGAAGUUGGCCGUGUUGUCCUCAUCAACUACGGUCCCGAUUCCGGCAAGUUAGCCACCAUCGUUGACAUUAUUGAUCACAACCGCGCUCUUAUCGAUGGUCCUACCACCGGUGUCGUCCGUCAAGCUUUCUCUUACCGUCGUAUGGUCUUGACUCCUCUCGUCAUCAAGGAUCUUCCCCGUAACGUUGGUCAAACUGCCCUCAAGAAGGCUUUGGAGAAGGCUCAAAUUGUUGCCUCUUGGGAGAAGUCUGCUUGGGCUAAGAAGCUCGAACAACGUAAGGUUCGUGCCUCUUUGUCUGAUUUCGAUCGUUUCAAGGUCUCCAAGUUGAAGAACCAACGUCGUUUCGCCGUCGGUUCCGCUAUCAAGGCUGCCAAGAAGCAAUAAAUCAUAACAAUGCUUCAACAACUAUUGUUUUAAUUCAACGAAACAAUAAAAACAUUUUAUAAUUUAAAAAAAAAAAA